AUGUCGGGCCCCAACCACGCCAAGUACCAGGAGCGUCUGGACUUCAUCCAGCAGCGGGUCCUGACGAGGCACCUGGGACUCAGAGGCGAGGACCUGGAACGAACCACCGUCAAUCCGAUUCAUUAUGACCCAGACUGUCCUUUCAAAUACAACAACUUCAUUUAUCACAUCAGACUCCCGCCCUCGGCCGCAUUGUUCCACGGUACCACCGUCGAGACCCAAUGCCACCAGCAGCAGAGCUGCGUGCCCAUCCCGGCAGGCACCAACGACUUCAUCCUGAAACUUACCAACCAGGACGCUGAGGGCGCGCACUACGCCACUCGGGUCGAGAACGAAGUCGCCAUUAUGACUCUGGCCUCGGCUGCCUUGCGCAGCAUCGAGCUGGACGUGGUCCCUCGCAUCUUUGCCUGGGCCAGCGAAGCCACUUCUCAAGGUUUCGGCGGCCUAACAUUUGACGGAUCCGGCCGCAUCGGUUGGCGGGCGAAUGGUGUCCGGGAGCGCCUCGAUGCUUUCCUCCAAAACGCAUUCCCCGGACUCUUUGCCUCUUUUACCUCGAAGGAUAGGAAGGUUAUUGUGCACGGAGAUUUUAAUACCAACAACAUUCUUGUCGAUCCGACCUCGGGCCGUUUAACGGCCUUCGUAGACUACGAUUUCUCCACCAUCCUGCACCCUUCGUUCGAAUUCUUCCGCUUUUUUAAUGGAGAUAUGGGCCAGCUCCAGGGCUGGAGCGGCGACGUAACGAACGAGAGCAGUGCCAUGAUAAAGGCCAAAAUGGCUUUGAGGGAAGGAAAGCUGACCGGGACGUUCCCCAACGACCUCCCGGGCCCCAAGUGCCUCGAGGAGGGCGAGGAAUUGACUUGGGACUGGGACCUUGCCAAGGCAUGGGAGAAUAGCUUGAAGGAGGUGGGUGCGGAACGGCCAAGCACUAUGGCCGGCAUUGAGAAUAUCGCAGAUUUUGACGCCCUGCUCAACGCCAUUCUGCCUUGGCAAUUCGACAACCCCGACUUCCUCAGCAUGCAGAGUGAGGACACGGUCAAGCGGAUGGGUCUGUUUUUCGGCAAGGAACUGUUGAAGAGACUGGAGCACAUGGGUUUUUAACUUGACCUCGUACACUUCUCUGGACUUCUCUCUCUCGACAAUGGAUCCAGGGAAUGAGCUGAAUCACAUAUCCCUUUUCGGGUUCGGCAAUAAACCCCUCCGGAAGCUGCCCGUUGGGUGCCACCUGGUGGCCCCCUCCCCAUCUACGUACAGCUUCAUAGUCCUUGCAUUCAUGAAGCGUGUUGAAGUCGGGAAAUGCCUGUGCAAUGCAACCGUGGCCCCGGGUUAAAGCGUCCACACUUGCCCCAGCACACCCGUGUCUACA